GAAACACUAAACCGGACGCAAGGCCGUAUUAACUUCCUCAAAUAGUCGCGAUGUAAUUCUACGCACAAUAACGACGCAAAUUAGCCCAAAGAAUGGACCAGAAUACUCAAUUGAAAUCAGCGUUUGGGGUGUUUCCAUCAGACGUCGUCAAAGUUGUCAUUGUGAAAGAAGAGCAGGAGCCACAGCCCGCCCACGUGAAAGAGGAAGAGGAGGAGACUGACAUCAGCAAGUUCCAUGUGAAGACUAAAGAUGAUGACGAAGAGCAAGGUGGUUGGUCACAGCUUCAUUGCAGCGAGAAGAACAUAGAGGACACAACAUCACAAUCUACCCACACUGAUGACAGCGUCCACACUGAAGAACCUUUGAGAAAUAAUAAACACUUGAAAUGUUCUCAAUGUGACAAAAGUUUUGUCCAUGAGAGGAAUCUAAAAACUCACAUGAGGAUCCACACAGGAGAAAAACCUUUCCACUGCUCAGUUUGCAGUAAAACGUUCAGCCAGAGUGCCAAUUUAGCUGUCCCUUCUCGUAUCCACACCGGAGAGAAACCUUUCCUUGCUCAGUUUGUGGCGGAAGCUUCUCCCAAAAAGGACAUUUGCUAAGACAUAAAGCAACACACAGUGAAGACAAGACGUCUUUCUGUCCGGUUUGCGACGCUGCCUUCUAUCAUUCAUUGAGCACAUGAGAACACAGUGGGGGAAAAAAAUUUUUUCCUGCUCGGUCUGUCCGAAAAGAUUCUCCGGAAGAGGUCAU